AUGGGUGCUGAUGUCGAUGCGAUCGACAUCGAUGAUGAUGAUAACGACGAUGCUGGUAUAUUCAGCAUUGCCAAUGACCGCCAAAGUGAGAUGGAUGACGCCCUCACUGGUGAGACAACGUUCUUUCAGCAAUGCACACGAAGCGCACUGCUGUUGACAAGGAUGAAUCAGCAGAUGAAUUUCUGCUAA